GGGAAGUGCGGAGUUGGCGGAAUCGCCAUCGCAAAAAGGACGCUGCUCGGCUGCUCGCCUAGCUUGCCUUGCCUGUGUGCGAGAUUUCGCGAUUUCCCUGAUUUCCCGCUCAAAUGUUGUAGACGUUGUUUUCGACCGUUUAAAAGAUAGUUCGAAGUUCGACCACUUUUUCGAGCCCGAAAUUGAAGGCCGAGUCGGCCUCCACCGACUAUGAUCCUCCGUAACGCCAUCGCGGGCCGAAAGCGAACCCGACAGAGCGAAGACGAUGGCACCGACCACUCCGGCCUCGAUCCCGACGACUUCUUCUUGGAUCUGGACGACGGCCUCAACGAAUCCAACGACAAUUCCUCCGAGGUCGAGUUUGGUGCUCGAGCUCGAGGCAAGCGUCGUCGUGUUGGCGAAGGCGGACGCGGCCGCGGCCGAGGUCGAGGCGGCGGGAGAGGCCGGGGUGCGAGGCGCAACGUCUCCUCCGAGGGCAUCACGAGCGAAGACCCGAGCAGCCUGUACGAGAUCGUCAAGCAGGGCCGUCAUUCGCUGACGGCCGUCGUGGAUGACUGGAUUGAGUCAUACAAGCAGGACAAAGACGCGGCUCUGCUGGAUUUAAUGACGUUCUUCUUCCACUGCUCGGGCUGCAAGGGUCGCAUCACGCCCCAGAUGCAAGUGACCAUGGAGCACACGCAAAUCAUACGCAAGAUGACCGAGGAAUUCGACGAGGACAGCGGGGACUACCCGCUCAUCAUGGCCGGACCACAGUGGAAGAAGUUUCGGCAGAGCUUCUGCGAGUUCGUGCAGGUGCUGGUCCGCCAGUGCCAGUACAGCAUCAUCUACGACCAGUUUCUCAUGGACAACCUCAUCUCCAUCCUGACGGGCUUGUCAGACUCUCAGGUACGAGCUUUUCGUCACACCUCUACCCUGGCUGCAAUGAAACUGAUGACCGCACUCGUGGAUGUGGCGCUUAACCUAAGCAUCAGCCUGGACAACACACAGCGCCAGUAUGAAGCAGAGCGGCAGAAGAACAAGGACAAGCGAGCUACAGAGCGCCUCGAGCUCCUUAUGACCAAGCGUCAGGAUUUAGAAGAAAAUACCGAGGAGAUCAAAAACAUGCUCACUUACAUGUUCAAAAGUGUCUUUGUGCAUCGCUACCGCGACACCUUACCGGAGGUGCGUUCCAUCUGCAUGCUGGAGAUUGGACAGUGGAUGAAGAAGUUCCACCAACACUUCCUCGAUGACAGCUACCUGAAGUACCUGGGAUGGACACUACACGACAAGGUGGGAGAUGUCCGACUGCGCUGUCUGCAGGCCCUGCUGCCCUUGUAUGCCUCCGAAGAACUGACAAGCAAGAUGGAGCUUUUUACAAACAAGUUUAAGGACCGCAUCGUCACCAUGACCCUGGACAAGGAAUAUGAGGUUGCGGUGCAUGCUGCCAAGCUGGUCAUCAGCAUCCACAAGUUUCACCGGGAAAUCCUGACGGACAAAGACUGUGAGCACGUUUACGAGCUCGUGUACAGUUCCCACCGAGCUGUGGCUCAGGCUGCGGGAGAGUUCCUCAACGAGCGGCUCUUCCAGCCAGACGAGGCGGCCGUCCAGGGGCUGCGGACGCGGAGGGGAAAGAAGCGUUCGGUGAACACUCCCUUGAUCCGUGACCUGGUGCAGUUCUUCAUCGAAAGCGAGCUGCACGAGCACGGUGCUUACCUCGUUGACAGCUUGAUAGAAAGCAACCCCAUGAUGAAGGACUGGGAGUGCAUGACCGACCUGCUGCUCGAAGAACCGGGUCCAGACGAAGAGCAGCUGGACGACCGUCAGGAGACUUCCCUGAUUGAGAUCAUGGUGUGCUGCACCAAGCAGGCGGCCACGGGAGAGCCCCCUGUGGGGAGAGGCCCCAACCGCAAGCAGAUGUCCAACAAGGAGAUGAAACAGGUGGCCGACGAUCGGGUGAAGCUGACAGAGCACUUCAUCCAGGCCCUGCCCAGCCUGCUGAGCAAGUACAUUGCCGACCAGGAGAAGAUAGCCAACCUCAUGGUGCUACCUCAGUACUUUGACCUUGAAAUCUACACUUCGAGUCGCCAGGAGAAGUCAUUAGACUCGCUGCUCAAGCUCAUCCAGGAGAUUGUGGAGCGCCACGACGACACAGAGGUGCUGGAGACCUGUGCCAGAACGUACGAGGCCCUCUGCAGUGAGGAAUUGGCCGUUCACUCACGGUGUGCCGUGUCACGUGGCACCCUCGUAGACUCUCUGGUCGGUCGGUACAAGCAUGCCCUGAUGGCCUAUGCAGAGGCCGGAGAGGAGGCGGACGACGACGACAUCUACGCCGUGCAGUCGGCACUCAAGAAGGUCUCCAUCUUCUACGUCUGCCACAACCUGGGACCCUGGACCAUCUGGGAAGGUAUCUUCGAGUUCUGGGUCAAGGGAGCCGGAGAACGCACGCUCUCGCUCGAAGGAGUGCGCCAUGCCAUCUCGUGCUGCUCCUCGGGCAUCAUGUGGGACCUGGCGGUUUUAGAUGAAGGUAACAUCCAGAUGGUGCACGUCCACGCCCUCAGGGCACGUUUGCGCGAGUUCAUGGACACAAUGGUCCACAUGCUGCGCCAUUGCACGGGAGUCCUUCAAGAGGAAGCUUUUGUCACCAUUUGCGACCUACUCAUCAUCUUCUGCCGCCAGCUGGGCGAAGGAGAGCCCUUCAGCGCACUCGUGUUCGAGCCAGACCGCUCCUUACAAGCCAACCUGAGCGAGUUCAUCCAGAACAAUGUCUUCGUGGAGGACGACACAGCGGCCGAGGAUGAGCAAGACGAGCACCGCAAGAUAGAGGAGCUUCACAAGAGGCGCAACUUCUUGGCCUCGUUCUGCAAGCUGGUCGUGUACAACGUCAUAAGCGUCCGUCCAGCAGCAGACGUGUUCAAGCACUACGUUCGUUUCUACAACGACUACGGGGACAUCAUUAAGGCGACCUUGGGCAAGGCCCGUGAGAUCAACAAGGUGAACUGUGCACGCACCAUGGUGCAGUCGCUCACGUCGCUCUUCAACACGCUGGAGCGGGACCGGCUGGGGAACGUCUCGCGUCAGGACGAGGGCUUCCUGGCCAUCAAGGAACUGGCCAAGCGCUUCGCCCUCUCCUUUGGCCUGGACCAGGUCAAGAACAGGGACUCUGUGGCCGCGUUGCACCGAGAGGGCAUUGUAUUCUCGUGCACUCCGUUCGAGAACCCGCACAACGCACUGGGUCCACCGCCAAACCUGCCCUUCCUGGAGCUUCUCUGCGAGUUCACCAACAAGCUUAUGAAACAAGACAAGAAGGUGGUGCUGCAGUACCUGGAUCGUCACGUGCAGGCCAAGCUGCCGGCCUCGCGGGCGGACGAUUGGCAGCCGCUGCAGCUUUACAGGACUAGCCUGGUUCAUGGAGAAGCUGAACAGACCGUGGCCAGGGCCCCAGGACGCCAGUACCGAGGAAGGAAGCGGCAGCGCGAGGACGAUGGUCACGUGGGAGAGGAGGAGGAAGUGGACCAGGACUCCGACCGAGGCUCGGAGUCAGAGUUCAGGCACUAGGCAUUGCCAAGAAAGCGGCCCUACCUGGGCCGACCCUCUCAAAAAAAGGCACCCAGAUUCGUUUCUCUGCUAUUGCAGUUUUUUCUUGAGAAGUGUUACCAAAAUGUAUGUGUGGUGGUGAGGCACUUUGCUAAACCGAAUUCGUAGCAGAUCUACUUUGUUUUGCUCUCUGUGCAGUCUUGAGAUGGCAUGUCUAAACUCUUUGUUUGCACAAUGCACAUUUUAAUGGUCGUGUGUACCUGCGAAACCAGCCACGAGGCUGCAUUUCUUGUGUAUAACAUAAUAUACCCAACCAUACUUUGUUUAGGUGUGGUGAUUAUGAGUUUGCAACUUUGUUAAACCUUUCUUUUUGCUAUAUCUUUCUUGCAGGAUUCUCUUUUUGCCCGACUGAGUGAGACCCAUCACGUGGGGCUAUCAUUCAGCCAAAUGUCCUUUUAGCAAAACAGUGAGCAUGCCAUGUGUAAUGCAAAGCUCAGAAAGUGAACUGAUCUGCCGUUUGCUUGAUAAACAUUUUAGCAUUAGAGUUCCCUGUUGACAGGUCCCUCCCGGGAUGAACCUUGUUUCGUAAAAGCCAUUUACAUUUGUGGUUACUCACACUAUUGCAGUGUAUCCCACAAUAUUAUAUCUCUAUUAUUGAUAGAUCACAGUUAGAUCAGUCUCGGUGUUAUCAGAACACUAUUUAUUUGUACAUUAAUGUUUCCACUUUCCCACCUUUGUAGCUCGCUGAACGACGAAUAAAGAUGGAAAAUUGCUUGUAA